CACGCCUCCGCCUCGACAGCCACGGCCAUGGCGUGCGCCUUCUCCGCCUCCACCGUGUCCUCGGCCGCGGCGCCUCUCGCCUCCCCGAAGGUGUCCGCCUCCGCGGCGCCGCAGCCGUCCGUGUCUUUCCCCUGCUCCUUCUCCUCUGGGAAGUCCCUCCGUCUCGCCGGCGGCGGCGGCUCGAGAUCGAGGGCCCGCAGCUUCGUCGCACGUGCUGGAGGCGAGGGGGACCUGCCGUUGGUCGGGAACACGGCGCCGGACUUCGAGGCUGAGGCCGUGUUCGACCAGGAGUUCAUCAAGGUCAAGCUGUCUGAGUACAUUGGGAAGAAAUACGUGAUUCUGUUCUUCUACCCCCUGGACUUCACAUUCGUCUGCCCGACAGAGAUCACUGCAUUCAGCGAUAGAUACGAAGAGUUUGAGAAGAUAAAUACUGAAAUUCUCGGUGUUUCAAUUGAUAGUGUGUUUUCCCAUCUUGCAUGGGUGCAGACAGACAGGAAAUCUGGUGGGCUUGGUGAUCUAAAAUACCCGCUGAUUUCUGAUGUCACCAAAUCAAUUUCAAAGUCUUUUGGUGUACUGAUCCCUGAUCAGGGUAUUGCUCUGAGAGGAUUAUUCAUCAUUGACAAGGAGGGUGUGAUUCAGCAUUCUACCAUUAACAACCUUGCUAUUGGCCGCAGUGUGGACGAGACCCUGAGAACCCUUCAGGCCCUGCAGUAUGUCCAAGAAAACCCAGAUGAGGUUUGCCCAGCUGGAUGGAAGCCUGGGGAAAAGUCAAUGAAGCCUGACCCCAAGGGCAGCAAGGAGUACUUUUCUGCUAUUUAGACAUUAUAUUUACAUUGAUUUUCAAUUUUUGCCAUAACCUUUGUUGGGCCACACAUUGCUCUUAUGAUCAGAAUUGCAGUUAUUGCACAUAUUGACUAUCUGCGCUGCCCUUUUCUACAAUAAGGAUUUGUCGUGUUGCAGUUUUGGAUUUAUUCUUCUCCCAUUUAAAAAAGGAAAAUUCAACCAUUGAAAAAUAAUCUUAUUUGAUUCAUAGUCACAUUAAAAAGCUGCUAGUGGAACAAGGAAACGCCGAUGAUUUGUUCUUACCUGGAAGGCUGGAACUAGAAUAGCAAGUGCAUUGCUCAUAAAGUGGAACACAAAAUCCUUCAUUUUGAGCUCGAACAGCCAGUAUCCCAGCCUUGAGGGCAUGAACACCCUUGGGCCAUAUGUGUCUUGCCCAGGAAUGCGAAAAUAAAGUUGGAAAAAAAUAACAAAAUGGAGUACUGGCCCGUAGAGGACAGCCCAGGGCUGGAACCAGUCAUCUUCACUGGACUUCUGCCGCUCCGCACCAUCUGAAUAUGGUUUAAGAGCACUCCCUUCACCAAACUUUUUCAAAUAACUGUUUUUUUGUGUUCAUCUUGUUCUGAUCUCAAUAAAUUGAUCACCAAUAUGACACCGUGGCACAUAUUUACUCUCGUAGGAAAAGAAUAAAUCAAGAUAAUAGCAGCACUACUACUGCAUAUCUUAAAACCAUGCUUAUAAUUACACUGGCAGAACCACAGGCACUUUUCCAUCACCUUGGAGGCUUGGAGUGGUAGUGUAGUGCUCCUGCCGCAGCUUCUGUGCUGCACCCAUUACCAGUGCGCCAGGGAUAUUAAAAUUGGGAAGCUUUUCUGCAGAUAAUGCCACUCAUGCACUUUUUAGCAUCCCCUCUUGCUCCACUUUAAAAAGCUGCUUGCAGCAACACAAUGCAUAGUGUUUGUAUAAUUCCUCGGCACACCACACUUCUCCUUUGCCAUGCACAAAUCUAAACAGCAGCCUAACUGCCGCUUCGAUUAUGUAACUAGAGAAAGAAAAAGAAAAGGAGAAAGGAUCAAAAGAAGAGUAUGCAGUGAUUAGGGCUUCUUUUUCUGCUUUCCUCUUUGUGUUUUCUUUUGCGGUAUUUUGCUCCUCUCUGUUCUGGGGUCGAUUCUCAAACUGUGUAUAUACUUUCCUCCUUGAAGCGCUCCUUUUGGGGUAAUGGCUUUGUGAUGAUUAGGGCUUGGCCUUUUCCUCCCCUUUUGGGCCAUAUGUGACCAAAGCUUUAUUUGACUGACCAC